AGACUGCUUUAUCUUCAACCCCAUGGCCAAAUCUCCAGUGCAUGUCAACAUGUUCAAGUUCUUAGGUGUGUUAUUUGGCAUAGCCAUCAGAAGUGGGAGUCCCCUGAGUCUGAACAUUGCGGAGCCUGUGUGGAAACAGGUGGCUGGGAUGCCCCUCAGUAUAUCAGACCUGGCAGAGAUUGACAAAGACUGUGUCCCAGGUCUGAUCUGCAUAAAAGAUCUGACAGAUGAGAAGCUCCAGGCCGUAGAGAUGCCCUUCAGUAUCCCCAGCUCUUCUGGUCAGGAGGUACAAUUGUCAGCUAAAUACAGCAAGAUAACUCCCACAAAUAAAGUGGAGUACAUCAAACAGGCCAUUAAUUACAGGUAAGAUUAG